AUGAAGGCGCUCGGGGCUGUCCUGCUCGCCCUGCUUGUCUCUGCACAUCCAGGGAGAGGGCGGGCGCAGCAGGAGGAGGAGGAAGAGGACAAGGACUAUGGGCAGGACGGCUAUGAUGAGGACGAUGAGGAUGAGGAGGAAGAGGAAGCCAACAGGAUCCCCGGUGGCAGGGACAGAGUGCUACUGCAGUGCUACACCUGCCAGUCCCUGCACAAGGAGGAGCGCUGCAAAUUGACCCAGAUCUGCUCGCAAAGUCAGACUUCCUGUGCAGCUUUCAUCACCCACGGAAACACAGAGUCAGGCCUCCUGACAACCCACUCAACAUGGUGUGCAGACAACUGCCAACCCUUCACCAAGACGGUAGAGGAGACGCUGGUGACCAUGACUUGCUGUCAUUUCAGCCUGUGCAACAUCCCGCCCUGGCAGAGCUCCCAAGUCCAGGACCAGCCGGGCAACAGGACAGGUGUUCCCAAGGACUGGCUGGGCAAUGGGACAGGCAACCCUAAAAGUGUGAGCACAGCCCUCCCGCUCAGCCUCCUCACUGGUCUUUGGGCAAUGAGGGCCUGAAGACCCUGACCCA